CUGAGAACCUGUACACGUCCAUGCGUGUCAAUGUUAACUCCUCCUUUGUUAUAGAUCAUUCAUCGUCCUUCUGAGAAAUGGACAGUGUCCGAUGGGCGGUCUAUUAUUGGAAUGUACUGUUUAGAAGCUCCCUUUUCAAAGUCAUAGAACCACGUCGAACAAAUGAAGGCAAUGAAGAUGAACCGAAGAAUGUCACUGAAUCCCCUGAGAGUUCUGGUUUCCAAGGGACAUUACAGAGAAGCUCUGUCCCUUUACGCUCACAGCGGUAUCCAAAGCCCCCAUGAGGCCUUCUCCUUCCCUUUUCUUCUGAAGGCCUGUGCGAAACUCCCCGCACUGUCAGAUGGCCAGAAACUUCACGCCCACAUCCUCAAGACUGGCUUCCACGACGCUUACACCACCACCUCUCUCAUAAGCAUGUAUGCAGAGGUUGGGCUCAUUUCCGACGCUCACCAAGUGCUCGACGAAACUUCCACACGGAGUCUCGAAUGCUUCAAUGCGCUCGUUUCCGGGCUCGUCCAAAAUGGUUCUUUUGGAGACGCACUGCUCUCGUUCAAAUGGAUUCAGGGCAAUGGCUUACAGCCCAAUUCAGUCAGCAUUGCAAGCUUGUUGCCCGCCUGCUCCAGGAAGGGGACUCGGCAACAAGGCCUGCAGCUUCAUGCUUUCUCUGUAAAGUGUGGGUUCGAGCUAGAUCUGUUUGUUGGUAGUGGGAUUCUAACAAUGUACGCGAACUUUGGAGACCUGAGUUCAUCUGUCAGGAUAUUCAACUCAAUCCCCGAGAAGAAUGCAGUCUGUUACAACGCACUGCUGUCAGGAUUCCUCCACGGUGGUUUCCCUCGGAAAGUGCUUGAAAUCGUCCAACAAAUGCAAAGAGAUGGACAGACACCCAGCUCGGUGACAUUGGUAUCCCUGCUAUCUGCAUGUUCAGAUCUUUCUGAACUUCAGUAUGGCAAGCAAGCUCAUUCUUAUAUAAUGAGAUCUAGCCAUGGAAUUGAUUUAUUAACAGGAACAGCACUUAUAGAUAUGUAUUCAAAAUGUAGAUCCUUGAGAGAGGCGCACCACAUUUUCAAAUCAAUGCCUGAAAAGAGUUUAUUCACCUGGAAUGCUAUGAUAUCGGCAACGUCACAAUUAGGACAUUAUGAAUCUGCGGUGGAACUUUUUCAACAGAUGCAGACAACAGGAUUGGAACCUGAUGUCUCCACAUGGAACUCGAUCAUUGGUGGACCUGCCAAACAGGGGCUCGGAUUUGAAGCCUUGAGGCUGUUCAAAGAGAUGCAGUUAUCAGGUAUAGAACCCAAUGUUGUGUCUAUGACAAGCAUGUUAACAGUGUGUUCUAGUCUAUCUGACCUUCAAAGAGGCAGGGAAAUCCAUGGAUACAUCAUAAAGUCAGGCCUUCAUGUGGAUGUGUUCCUUGAGACUGCUCUGAUUGACAUGUAUGCAAAAUGUGGCUGGCAUGCCCAAGCUCGGCGGGUUUUUGACGGUAGACAUGGACAUGGUGAUACAGUUCUCUGGAAUGCCAUGAUUGGUGCAUAUGGAAGAAAUGGGGAUUCUGGAUCGGCAUUAAAAAUGUUGGACUGUAUGGAGAAAGAAAAUAUUACACCCAACUCAGCUACAUUUACAUCUGUAUUAUCUGUCUGCAGCCACACAGGCUUGAUUGACCGAGGAUGGAAAAUUUUCACCAGAAUGAGAAAAAAAUUCUUAAUAGAACCAUGCAUUGAACACUAUACAUGUAUGGUUGACCUCUUUAGCAGAGCUGGUAAGCUUGAUGAGGCCAGACGUUUGCUAAAAGAGAUGCCUAUGUAUCCUUCAGCAUCCAUGUUGGCUACUGUUCUUGGUGCUUGUAGCCGCCAACUUGAUGCAGAUCUAGGAGAAGAAAUAGCUAGGGAACUAUUACGAUUGGAACCUGAAAACCCUGCGGCCUUUGUGGUAUUAUCAAACAUAUAUGCUGAGCAGGAGCGAUGGGUAGAUGUGGAACGGCUAAGAGAACUGAUGAGGAACAGGGGAAUGAAGAAAUCGCAAGCACUAAGUACCGUUUGUGAACCACUAAUAUCUACAUCAUGAAAUUACAAAUGUAUUUUCUUUGUUCA